AGAACAUAUGGUAACACUUCAUUGUGUAAAAAAUGUUUAUUUAGGAUUUUCUUUUUGGUUAAAUACAUGGUUAAAUUUUUCGGUUUUUCUAGUGUUAAUUACAUUAUACAAGCUUGAAUAACUGUCCAUAGUUUUAAAAAGAUGAUAAUUUCCUACUGGUAUGCGAUAAUUUUCGUAAGAUAUAUUUUGCAAUCUAUUCGAUCCCUUUGUUCCCGCCAGUUCUUGUACAAACUAUGACAUCGUUUGACAUGUGCAAUCGUCCAGUAUGGACAAAAGAAGACGAGAAGUACGCGAUCGCUCCAUCAUUUCGCAAAUUCCUCGUCAGGUUUUCCGUUAAAUUUUAUCAGACGCUGCCAGACGACGUGUUGAAAUUUAGCGUUGAUUAUUUCGAGGAUUUGAAAAACCAGCAAAACUUACAGUUGGCUCGAGAAGGGAAAGGAUUUGCUCAUGCGACGAACGUACGGAGGGCUCCAGUCUUCAACGAGUCAAUAAAAGAGGAUGACGAAUCGGAAAUUAUAAAUUUCGCGAAAUACGAGAAAACGCCGGAGGAAAAGUUGAAGCUGAUGAAAGCCCUUAAUAAAAUAGUCUUUUUCCAACAGCUCGACAAAAGAGAUAUCGAACAGUUGGUGAACGCCAUGCUACCGAAAAACGUCGAAGCGGGGAAAUGCAUCAUUUGCCAAGGCGAAAUCGGAGAUUAUUUCUUUAUCGUCGAUUCCGGUGAAUAUAAGGCCUAUGUUAAAAACAAAGACGGGGUAGCUGAAUUGGUAAAAACUUACAAGAACGAAGGCAGUUUCGGCGAGCUGGCGUUGCUAUACGAUCUGCCCCGUUCGGCGACCGUGAAGUGCACUUCGAGCGGUAAACUUUGGGCUAUCGCCCGGAAUCAUUUUAGACAAAUUAUCGCGACAAACGCAAUGAAGAAACGUAAACGGUAUGUCGAGUUGAUCGCGUCUGUUCCGCUCUUGAGUGACCUGUCGCCCGACGAGAGGCUCAACCUCGCUGACGCUCUUCAGAAAAAGUCUUUCAAAAAGAAUGAUUGCAUAAUAAAGCAGAACGAUUAUCCAGACGGCAUGUACUUCAUCGAAUCAGGUGUUGUCAAAGUGAUAGUUACAAAUAGCAAAAAGCAAAAUGUCGAAGUGUGCAAACUCGGAAGGGGUGACUAUUUCGGCGAACUGGCGUUGAUCAAUCAUCAGAGGCGUUCUGCCAGCGUCUACGCAGUCGAGCCAGUGACCACCGUCUUUCUAGAGACAGAAGUUUUCGAGAGGCUCUUAGGUCCUUGUUUGGAUAUCAUGAAAAGAAAUAAAAGAAAUUAUGAAGAAAGAUUGAAAAAGCUGGAAAAUGAAUCUACAAUGCCGUCUACAAGUGUUAAUUGUGCAUAAUCAACUCAAAAACCGAUAACAAUAGCAAAUACAUCUGAAAUUUAAUACGCCCUUG